AUGGACAGGCGCAGCGGAGUAGCUGCCGGUGGGCUCUCCGCCAGUGGGCUCUGGCAAGGCGUUCCUCAGCAGGUGUUAACAGAGGCAGGGUCAAUCUCUGAAGGGGAGGAAGAGUCACACACACGUUACAUUGCCAUUCAAAGAAAUUCCAGGUACUAUCGGUCCAUGCGGCUGCGGAGCAGAGAGAAAAGAAAGACUAUGAGAGAAGCAGUGAACGCGGAGCGUGCUACAGGUUCUCUCAAAAAUGAUGAGCCCGUCAAAGAGCCUCUGACUAUGGAGGUUUUAUCUCAGAAUAAGGGAUCAGCACCUCCAGUAAACGCUGAUAUGAGAGCUGUAGAAGAACUAUGGAUCCAAAGGCUGCUGCCUUCCUACCCCCGUUACCGUGGCAACCGCCCGGGCUCCCCCAGCCCCGCGCCGCCGCCGCAGCCGCUCGGCAGCCGCCGCUCGCCGCCGCCGCCGGCCAUGGAGCUGCUGGCCGCGGCGCUGAGCGCCGCCUGCGCCCUGGACCAGGACGGCGCGGCCGGCCCGCCCGGCAGGGAGCCCCUCGCCGCCGCCGCCGAGGAGAGCGCCGCGGCCGCCGCGCCGCCCGGGCAGCCGCUGACCGCCGACUCCUGGAGGAGCCUCCUCGAGCACAUCGGGCUCUUGUAUCAGGAAUAUCGAGAUAAAUCUACGCGUCAGGAGAUUGAAACCAGGCGGCUGCAGGAUUCACAGACAGACUCUGAGGAGAAUUCAGCUAGUGAAGAAACUCCAUCUGAAACAGAACCUGCAAGCACCACCGAAAGCAAAACGGCACCUCAAAUCAGUCUGCUGAGGAACUCCACCUCCCGGUUCAACUUAUGGCAGGAUCUUCCUGAGAUCCGGAGCAGUGGGGUCCUUAGCAUCCUCCAGCCAGAUGAGAUCAAGCUUCAGGAGGCCAUGUUUGAACUGGUUACUUCUGAAGCCUCAUAUUACAAGAGUCUGAACCUGCUGGUGUCUCACUUCAUGGAGAAUGAACGUCUGAAAAAGAUCUUACAUCAGUCUGAGGCACACAUCCUCUUCUCCAAUGUGCUUGAUGUCAUGGCUGUUAGCGAGCGGUUCCUGUUGGACCUCGAGCAGCGGGUGGAGGAGAAUAUUGUGAUCUCAGAUGUGUGUGACAUUGUCUACCAGCAUACGGUUAAUCACUUCUCCGUGUACAUCACCUAUGUCUCCAACCAGACCUACCAGGAGAGAGCUUACAAGCAGCUUCUCCAGGACAAGCCAGCUUUCCGGGAAGUGAUAUCACAGCUGGAGCUGGAUCCCAAGUGCAAAGGCCUGUCCUUUUCUUCCUUCCUGAUUUUGCCAUUUCAAAGGAUCACUCGACUCAAGCUGUUAGUGCAGAACAUUUUGAAGAAAGUGGAAGAGAAGUCUGAGAGGGAAACCACUGCCCUGGAUGCACAUAAGGAGCUGGAAACAGUGGUGAAAGCAUGUAACGAAGGUGUCAGGAAGAUGAGCCGAACAGAGCAGAUGAUCAGCAUCCAGAAGAAACUGGAAUUUAAGAUCAAGUCUGUGCCCAUCAUCUCGCACUCCCGCUGGCUCCUGAAGCAGGGGGAACUGCAGCAAAUGAACGGUCCAAAGACAUCACGUACGCUUCGUACCAAGAAACUCUUCAGAGAAAUCUACCUGUUCCUUUUCAACGACCUGCUGGUAAUAUGCAGGCAAAUUCCCGGGGACAAGUACCAAGUGUUCGACUCAGCACCCCGGGGACUCCUUCGAGUAGAAGAGUUAGAAGACCAGGGGCAGAGCUUGGCCAACGUCUUCAUCCUGAGGCUGCUGGAGAACGCGGACGACCGGGAGGUCAGCUACAUGCUGAAGGCAUCAUCCCAGAGCGAGAUGAAACGCUGGAUGAUUUCGUUAGCCCCGAACCGGAGAACCAAGUUUGUUUCAUUUACGUCCAGACUCGUUGACUGCCCGCAGAUCCAGUGUGUCCACCCGUACAUGGCCCAGGAGCCGGACGAGCUCUCCUUGGAGCUGGCGGACGUCCUCAACAUCCUGGACAAGACAGACGACGGUUGGAUAUUUGGGGAACGUCUUCACGACCAAGAGAGGGGCUGGUUCCCCAGUUCUAUGGGGGAGGAGAUCCUGAACCCCAAAAUCCGAGCCCAGAACUUGAAGGAAUGCUUCCGGGUGCACAAGUCGGACGACAGCCAGCGGAAGAAACUGGGCAGCCGGAAUCGCCAGUGACCGCCGGCGUCCCCGGGCGCCUCUGGCUCUGGGCGAGGGCAGAGCGCAGAGGCUGCCGGCCGGCAGGACGUGGCGGCGCCCGCGGGGCCCGGCUGAGCACGAGGCCCCCCGAGCAACCCGACUCCGGUUCCUGGGCUCCCCCGCGCAGCGCCGAUCCUGCCCUGGAGACCAGCGCUUUGAACGGGCUAAAACAACCCUCCCCAGACGUGCUGCAACUCCGGAGAGCAUCGCCCGGGCCGAGCGCCCGCACGCUUGGGGCUCCCCUAACGCUGCCCUUCGGGGACGGAAACCGCGGCCGUUGGCACCGUGGCUGGGACGCGUCCCCCAGGCAUCCUGCUUCCGCGGGGCUCCUUUCGAGGGCCGACCCUGCACCUGCUCCUGGCCAAACGCCCCCCCCGAAGCCUGGCCUCGCCGCCCUGACCCACGUCGCUGCCCUCCUGAACGCCUCCGGGCACGUCCGGGAGCUGCCUCGAGGCUCCCGGCGCCGCGCCCCCCCUUCCCGAGCCUCCGUGGGCCACCCGGCGCCCGCCGCUCUCUGCCCCGGGUCGGCACCAGCCAACGAGGAGCCCACGGGAGCCGAGGGGGCGACGCGAGCCCCGGAGCCCGUCCCGGGGGCGGUGGGAAGGCCCCGCCGGCGCUGCCCGCGGGCCCAGGCUCGCCUCCGUGUACAUAAGCGAAUCCCCCGCCGCCAGCGGAGCCGGGUGAUCGCUGCUGCCGGCCGCGGCGCUGAGCAUCGCAUGGAGCC